UGACAAAGAGAAUUUGACUCUGGUUCGUUUUAAACAUUAGUAACCUAAGAGUUGACUCAUUUUGAGGCUUCAGCACUUUUUGAAGGAGGGAAAUUCCCCUGAGAAACCAAAGACCUCCAUGAACUUUUCAAUACCCUCUUCUUGACCACACCGACAUCCAGCAGAGAUGUACAGUGGCAACAGCUACUCACAGGCCAAGUUUGGUCUGGAGGCCAAGGACAUCCACAAGGCAAAGGGAAAGAGCUGCGGCUAUUACAUGAGGGUGGUCUUCUUCUUCUCCUCUCUGAUCCAGUCCCUCAUCAUCGUCAGCCUGGUGCUGUUCCUGGUCUACGGCCAGCCAGAGAAGUCUGCUGAAGAGAGGAGGGUAAAGGAGCUGGAGCAGAGUUUGAACAGGAUCAGCGAGAACAACAUUAACCUGAGGAAGGAUAAAGCUGACCUGGGAGCUGCGCUGGGGGCCAGGAAGGCUGAGAAGACAGCCCUGGAGGGAGAGGUGGCCAUGAUAAAGAAAGCAGCGAAUGCCUCCGGGGAGCAGAUCAGAGCCCUCAUACUGAAAACGAGCCAGUGUGAAACAGACAAGAAGAAGAUCGAGAUGAGCCGUGCUGCCCAAGUCCGGGGACCCACCACCCCUUUAAUCUUUGCCACUCCUAACACUGAGGUAAAAACCCUCCAGUCUCUGAACUCCCAGCAGGCAGCAAUGAUCAAACUGAUCGAAGCCAACUUCACCCAGACCAGCCAGUACAUCCGCAUCGAGAGGGACAAUGCCAUCAAGGACCGUGACGCCCACAACCUUGAGACCAUCUCUUUGAGGAGGGAGAACAACAACCUGAAGGAACACCUGAAACUCUACACCCAGAAGUGUAAAGAGGACUUUGCCAAGUCUCUGGAGGGGAUCCAAAUGGUGACCAGUAACUUCCUGGUGCGCAUCGACAACCUGUUCCCUCACUCCAUGACCUUUCACCUGACCUGUGAGAAGCAGACAGAGCAGAUGGAGAACAUCAGGGCCAGAUGCUCCAACCUGUCUAAGGAGGUUGAGGACAAAUUCCAGAGAUACCUGGACAACGUGGGGAACAAGGUGGCAAACAUCCAGGUCCAGUCCAGUCGCCUGGAGGUCCAGAACAGCCAUCUGACCCUUGACCUCCAGCAGUGUGUCCAAAACCGCAGCGUGACGGCGGCGGAGGGCAGCAGGCUGCUGUUAGAGAUCCGGGAGAACCACGACAGGCAGGUAGAGAGACUGCUGAAGGAGCAGAACCGGCUGAGGGAGGAGAAGAGCCUGCAGGGAGAGAGACUGAUUCUGAGGGAGGCUGAGGUCAAAACACUCAACGGGAAUGUCGAGUCACUCACCACCGCUCUAACCAACUGUAACCCUAAGCUCACCGGCCAAAAGCCUCUCGGACUGAUGUCAGCCUUGAAGGGGGGGGGGCAUCCAUUGCAGCCCCAGUGAUCAGUAAACCCCACAUGGCGAGGUGAGGAGAGACGGGUGUGAGAAAGAUGCCCCACUCACACAGCUCUACCUAGGCCAUGACCGAGUGAGAAAAUGAAGGCACUUACUGUUAUGGUCCCUGGAGAAUUGGGUGUGAUGCCUUUCAGUGAUCAAUGUGUGCUCUUAGACCUUAAAAUAAAUGUCCAUGUGUAAAUACUACAGACACUAUAGGUUGUAUCUACUGUCCUACAUCAUGUACACUGAACAAAAAUAUAAUUGCAACAUGUGAAGGUGUUGUUGCCAUUUUUCAUGAGCUGAAAUAAAAGAUCUCAGAAAUGUUCUAUACGUACAAAAAAACGUAUUUCUCUCAAAUUGAGCGCAAAUGUGUUUACAUCCCUGUUAGUGAGCAUUUCCCAUUUGCCAAGAUAAUCCAUCCACCUGACAGGUGUGGCAUAUCAAAAAGCUGAUUAAACAACACGAGUAUUACACAGGUGCACCUUGUGCUGCAGACAAUAAAAGGUCACUCUAAAAUGUGCAGUUUUGUCACACAACACAAUCCCAAGUUGUGAAGGAGUGUGUAAUUGGCAUGCUGACUGCAGGAAUGUUCACUGGAGCUGUUGCCAGAGAAUUGAAUGGUAAUUUGUCUACCAUAAGCCACCUCCAACGUCAUUUGAUUGAAUUUGGCAGUACAUCCAACCGGCCUCACAACCGCAGACCACGUGUAACCACGCCAGCCCAGGACCUCCACAUCCGACCAUCUGAGGGGGGGUGCUGAGGAGUAUUUCUGUCUGUAAAAAUCCCUUUUGUGGGGAAAAACUAAUUCUGAUUGGCUAGGCCUGGCUCCCCAGUGAGUGGACCUGUCUCCCAAAUGGCUGGGCCUAUGCCCUCCCAGGCCCACCUAUGGCUGUGCCAGUCGUGAAAUCCAUAGAUUAUGGCCUAAUGAAUAUUCCUUCUAUGAAGUGUAACUCAGUAAAAUCGUAGAGAUUGUUGCAUGUUGCGGUUAUAUUUUUGUUCAGUCUAAAAACUGUAUCUACAAAUGUACAGAGUGGACAAAACAUUAUGAACACCUGCUCUUUCCAUGACAUAGAAAGCUAUGAUUCCUUAUUGAUGUCACUUGUUAAGUCCACUUCAAUCACUGUAGAUGAAGGGGAGGAGACAUGUUACCUUCAACUCAAUAUCAGGACGGUCUCCUUAAUGUUUUGUACACUCAGUGUAUACAGUACAUAUCACUUUUAAAUGUAAUUCAUUUAAUAAUUAAUUUAAUAGGGUUGUUUUUAUCCUUGUAAUUCCACUUGUAUUUGAUUGCUGAGUUUAGGCUGGGAAUUCACUGUGUACUGGAAUUCACUGUGUACUGGAAUUCACUGUGUACUGGAAUUCACUGUCUACUGGAAUUCACUGUCUACUGGAAUUCACUGUCUACUGGAAUUCACUGUCUACUGGAAUUCACUGUCUACUGGAAUUCACUGUCUACUGGAAUUCACUGUCUACUGGAAUUCACUGUCUACUGGAAUUCACUGUGUACUGGAAUUCACUGUCUACUGGAAUUCACUGUGUACUGGAAUUCACUGUCUACUGGAAUUCACUGUCUACUGGAAUUCACUGUGUACUGGAAUUCAAUGUCUACUGGAAUUCACUGUGUACUGGGAAAAGCGUGUGUCCUCCUUUAACUUUAUACUCAGGUUAAAGAAAAAUGUGUACAAAUAAAGUUCAUGUGAUUAUAUGUAAAUAAUUCUUCCUAAGACGCAAUUCAAUGUUUCUUAAAUGUUUCUGAUAGUGUGUUGGUUUUUAGAUAUUAACAUCUUCCUUUGCUAAUCUUUUUUUCUAAUUUAUUAUAGAAAAUAAAUCUACUAAAGUCUGUUGGAUUUGAGGAAAUAAAAGCUUGAAUUUGCAGUUCUUUAAAAAAUA